AUGAUGACUCUAACCGGGUCGAAUACGACUCCUGUUCAAUUCCAGAUCCAAGUCCAUAAUGGCAAUCGAUCAACCACAGCGAACGCGUCAUGGAUCGGGAACAUCACAAACAACGACCUCAAAUUUGGGGUCAAUAACUCGACGUCGAUGAUUCUAACUACCACAGGUCGUCUUGGUCUUGGUACUACAAGUCCUUCGGCUCCGCUGCACGUCCCUGGCAGCAACAGUUUUGUAUUUGGAGCAGGCGGAACGACAGUGUAUCGCCUCAGAACAGAUAGUGGAGCUACAGAAUCCGCUCUUGGCCCGAACACAUAUUCAGUAGCGGGUAUAUUCGGAGGAUACAUUGCCUGUACAGCCAUGGCGAUGACGUCGGAUCGACGCCUUAAAAAGAAUAUUCAAUCAUGCCCAAUUGAUCGUGUGAAGCGGCUCUACGAUAGCUGUGAGAAAUCGGUCUCAUAG